AAUCAUCGUACUUAAUCACCGACAAAGAAACAGAUCAAUGUCCUAAUCCUCCCUAAUUCUUACAUCAGGGCUCAAAGCCCUCUCUCCAAUCCUCCUCAAAUCUUCCUCAUCGAAUCAAUUUUCACUGUGGAAAAUCAAAUCGAUUUCAGAGCAAGAAUGGAUAACAGCGGCAACAACUCCCCGAGCUUGAUCUCUCGCGAGAAGCUGGAAGAUGUAGCAAGCUGGGUCAGUGCCACCGUGGUCUCCGCCUUCUUCUCAUCUCUUGAGCGCUGCUCCUGCGUUAACCUCGCCACCACCGACCCCGAUGAUGACGACAAUCCCGAAGAGGCCAAAGACCGCCCGCUGACCUACUCCUCAAGAUCGUCUCCCUCUCGCUAAAAGUUCGGUAACUUGCCCCGACACGUAUUUUCUGUUUCUCUUGAUUUAGGGGUUUUCUUUAUAGCAAAAAAGAAAAUUUUAAAUGUGGUGAAUUCGCUGAUUCUUGCGAUUGAAUUCGAAUUUUUAUGUAAUAAAGGUUGAUUGCGUCUUUUUCUUUUUGGAUAUUCAAUGUUCUAAUGUUGUUGAUUAUUUUGUUUUCUCAAAAGUCAAAGCCCUAAAUCGAGAAAAUGGGUCUUGAUUUUCUUGUAUAUGAUUUUAGGUUUGGUAAUGACUCUACCAGAUUUUGUAUCAAUUAAAGGUAUUACUGAUUUGGAAUUC